AUGAAGCCAAAGAUAAGCCCCAAGUGCGAACUGACCGCAACCCCGCAACCCCAAGCGCAAACUUACCGCAUCCCCAAGUGCGAACUGAUUGUAGAAUGCACGAGCAAUAGUAGUAGUAGUAGUAGUAGUAGCACGAGCAAUUGCAGUAGUAGUAGUAGUGAUAGCACGAGCAAUAGCAGUAGUAGUAGUAGCAGCACGAGCAAUAGCAGUAGUAGUAGUAGUAGCACGAGCAAUAGCAGUAGUAGUAGUAGUAGCUCGAGCAAUAGCAGUAGUAGUAGUAGUGGUAGCACGAGCAAUAGCAGUAGUAGUAGUAGUAGCACGAGCAAUAGCAGUAGUAGUAGUAGUGGUAGCACGAGCAAUAGCAGUAGUAGUAGUUAUAGCACGAACAAUAGCAGUAGUAGUAGUAGUGGUAGCACGAUCAAUAGCAGUAGUAGUAGUAGUAGUGGUCGCAAGAGCAAUAGCAGUAGUAGUAGUAGUAGUAGUAGAAGUAGUAGCAAUAGCAGUAGUAGUAGUGGUAGCAAUAGCAAUAGCAGUAGUAGUAGUAGUGGUAGCACGAGCAAUAGCAGUAGUAGUAGUAGUAGUGGUAGCAAUAGCAGUAGUAGUAGUAGUGGUAGCACGAGCAAUGAUACUAGAAGGCAGAAGGAAGCACAAAGUCCGUUCGGAACCAGCGACGAGACGGGUACCGCCGUGGACCUCGCCUUAUGA